UUUCAACUAUGGAGACUAGUCCAAGCCAGAUUCAUGAGCAUUUCAUGAACCCGUUGUUCACAGAUUUUUACCAGAUCACUAUGACCUAUGCCUACUGGAAGGCCAAGAGACAUGAAGAGCAUGCUGUGUUUGAAGCUUUCUUUAGAAAAUGCCCGUUUAAAGGAAAAUUUGCUGUUUUUGCAGGACUUGAUGAAGUCCUUCAGUUCUGCAAAGAAUUUAAAUUCACACCAGAGCAAAUAGCAUAUCUUAAAGGACAAAUGAGUCAUGCUGAGGACGAGUUUUUCCACUGGUUGGAGAAUCUUGAUUGUAGCCAGCUUGAGGUAUCUGGGAUCCCAGAUGGAACGAUUGUAUUUGGAAAGCAACCUUUACUGUCUCUUUCUGGUCCAGUUGCUUUAGUUCAAUUGAUAGAGACACCAAUCCUGAAUUUGAUAAACUUCUCAACCCUAUUAUGUACCAAUGCAGCCAGGAUGAAGAUUAGAUCAGGUCCCAAGGUGAAAUGUAUUGAAUUUGGACUGAGAAGAGCACAGGGUCCGAAUGGAGGAAUGACUGCAAGCAAGUAUAGCUAUAUGGGAGGAUUUGUAGGAACUUCAAAUGUAUAUGCAGGAAUGCUCAAUAAUAUUCCAAUCAGUGGUACCAUUGCCCACUCAUUUAUCAUGUCCUUCGACUCUGAAGACGAUAUCAAAGAGCAGCACUAUCUUGACGGAACGGAUAUUUACGCUAGAGUGAAAGAGCUCAGAGAAGAACUUGGAUGGCAAGAUACAAAUGACUCUGAACUGUAUGCAUUCAUUAGCUUUGCAACCUCGUAUCCAGACAGAUUUUUAGCCCUGAUAGACACUUACAACACAAUAAACAGCGGAUGAAAGAACUUCCUCCUCUGAGCUGUGGUUCUCAGCGAGCUUGGACAUAAUCCAGUGGGAGUAAGGCUAGAUUCAGGAGAUCUAUCUCAACUUUCCAAAGAUUGCAAAAAGCUUUUCAAAGAAAUCGGAGAUAAAUACGGGCAUGACUACUCAGACCUUGUAGUGGUCGCUUCGAAUGAUAUCAACGAGAAGACCAUCAGACAACUAAAUGAGGACAAUCAUGAGAUAGAUAUUUUUGGAAUUGGCACAAAUCUUGUAACCUGCCAAGCUCAACCAGCUUUAGGAAUGGUUUAUAAACUGGUUGAAAUUGAAGGAAAGCCUAGGAUCAAAUUUUCAGAAGAAAAGGAGAAAGUACUUAUCCCAGGAAGAAAGAAGGUCUUUAGGAUCUUCGAAGGUGAACACCCUAGUUUUGACAUCCUCACACUUGAGGGAGAAGACGAUCUACAAGAUGGAGUUUCUUUGACUGCUUAUCAUCCAUUUAAUGACGAUACUAAAGAAAUUGGAUCUGUGACAAAAGCUCAGAAAUUGACCGAAUCUUUGUUCAAAGAUGGAGAAUCCUUAAUCAAACAAGUUGAUCUCAAAGAGAAGAGAGAAAUUGUACUGCAACAGAUAAAAUCCUUCGAUCCAGCAGUAGUAAACACUGACGAGAAAGAGUACACUGUAUAUCUAUCAAAGAAAUGCAAGGAGACUUUUGAUUCACUGUUGAAUAGCCAAUCUGUAGAAUAAUCAGAAUUAAUAAGUCAACCAAGAA